ACAAAGAAUUCGCUCGAAACAGUACAUUGUAUUGAAUACCAACAUUACCUCAAUAAUGGAAGGAAAACAAGAUACCGAGAGCGAACACGGUGCGAACCAUUGGCCGACAAUUGAGUCAUCAAUGUAUUACCUUGAUCAGGUGCCAUUGUAUAACAUCGAAAAGCCGUAUAGCAUGAGAUAUUUGCCUGAGGAAGAUAUUCCCCAGAGCAAUUAUGUCAAGGUGAAACGUCCAAUAUCGGCAAGGAGUAUGCGAGAGCCAGGUGCAGGGCCAUUUCGCAUAGAAGAAUGCGGCUUUCAGAUGAUUGAUAUCCAUUCUCAUUUAACCUAUGACGAAUUUUGGGACAACGAGAGAGUGCAGAGCGUAUAUAUCCCGGAAGUCAAGAAGGCUUUGAAGCUUGAAUUAGGAGCAAAGUAUGUGCAUUAUCAGUACGAUCAGCCUACAGCGUUGGCUCACAUUGGUAAGAUUGGCACUCUUUAUGGAGAGCAUGCACAAGAAAUUCUGCAGCAUCGCUGGCAAAUCAUUAAUACUUGGAGGCCUCUCAAAGGGCCCCUGUUCGAUUGGCCACUAGCUGUUUGUGAUGCUCAAACCUUUGAUGCGGCUCAUGACUCCCAGGUCGCGGACGCUGUGUAUCCGGAAUGGGCCUACGAGAAUGUACUGAUUCACGCGCACCCCGACCAGAAGUGGUAUUACUUUGCUGGGCUUGAGGAAUCUGAGACAAUGCUAUUUAAAUGCACAGACUCGGAUGCUCAAAAAUGCGGGCGUAGGUUCUAUUUAAUAAAUAUUGAGAAAGUGAGCUAA